AUGAACGAGACCCCAAAAAACAAAGAAAUUCCUAAAUAGAGAGAAAAUAAUAUUUUAAUUGAUAAGUUAAAAGCAAUAUAAAGCGGAGACUCCUUUAAAUACAAGAAAGGAAUAGUAACUUCAAAAAGUAGAUUUACAAGCUGUGUAAUUAAAAGUGGAGGGCUUGAUUAUAAAUAAAUUAUAUAAGAAAAUACUCCUUCAUUUUAACACUAAUAAUAAUUUUAAGCUUCCACUUUUGAAUAGUUAUAAGGUUAUAAAGAGCUCAAAUGGGAAUUUCGAGAUCAACAUGAUUAAGAGACACCUCAUAUUAAUUUACAAAUUUAUGCUGAUGAAUUCGCUUCUUCUACUUUUUAAAUGAUUCUUUGGGCUAAUCAAAAUCCUGAAAUUGAAUAAACAAUAAAAGAUUAAAGUCAUGGAUAUGUAUAAAUGAUAAAGUUCUUAUCAGAAGACGUAGGUAUUAAAAUAGAAUAGGAAUAAUUUAUAAUCUGUGAAAUUAAUAUUAAUAAAAGUAAAUUAUGGAAUUAAGGAUGCUAAGUAGGCAUUUGGAAAGGCGAAUUUAUUGUUUCUCAUUAGCCUUUUUUGAAAUAAUUAAUUGCAGGAGUAAGAACUGAGGAAGGAAUAGUAAAAGCAAGUUCCUUAUAUAUAAAAAAGUAGAAUUUAAAUUAAAAAACAACUCUUCCAAGAGAAGUAAAUUAUUACUUAUUUUUUGAUUUUAUUUUUUCGUUUAUUUUUUUUAAGUUUAAAAACUUAAUGAAUAAAAAAAUAGCACUGGAAGAAUCUGUUUUUAAACUUUAUGAUACCAAUUUAACUUAUAGAGAUAGAUAAAAUAUUAAUAAUGAUAUUAGAAUGCAUUUGAGUAGAAUUAUUGAAUGUUUACAUAUUCACACUUUAUAGGGUAGUUAAUACCUUUAUAGUAAUGAAGAAGAGCUUAUAAGGGUUUAGGAUCUUUUAAUUAAUUUGGCAUAACAUUUACUUGAAUAUGCAGAUUAAGUAGAUGAAUCUUUAAGAGAACUUUAUUAUGAAGCGCUAAUUUUGAUAAAUAAUAGGGAAGAACUGGACUUAAGUUAUAUUGGCUUUUAACAAGAAUAAAUGGAAUAAUAUAUCAAAUCAGGAAAGACAUUACCUAAUGUAAAAAAUUUGGAAGUUUAAGCAAUAGAAAAAUAACCUUUGUUAAAAAAAAUAAAGAUUUGUUUAACUUAUGAAAGCUAUUUAAUAGAAACAUUAGAAAAUGUACUUAUUAAAUUAGAUUAAAAAGGUGGGAAUGAAAAAGAAAGGUAAUUUAUUGAAAAUUUCUGUGCUUUAGCUUUCUUUAGAAUUCCUUAAUUUAAAAAAAAAUUUCUUGAAUGCCUUGAAAAUGAAUAAGGAAAAGAAAAAAAUCCAUAAAUUGAUGAAUGGUUUGAUAAUAUUUCUAGUAUUAAUUUGAAUGGUAAAACUAGUUUCUUAGCCAGUCUUUUUUCUUGGGAAUAAAACUAUUAUUAAUAUUUAGAAAGUUAAACUAAACAUAAAGAACAUCAAGAUAAAUUAAUACAAGUACUUGAAAAUAAAAAUUGGUAAAAAAGAAUUUAUAAAGCAGGAGUUGCCUAUUUUAGUUUCCUAGCUGAAUGGUGUAGGUAUAUUAAUAAAUAAUUUGCUAAUAAAGAUUAAAUUCUUUGGUAUAUAAUUCCCGGUUAUUAUAAUUUAGUUAAAGUUUUCUUAAUUAAAAUGCGGAAAAUUGAAACCAAACUUUUCCCUGAAAAUUUAAAAGAUACAUCACUGAUUUUACUUUAUAAUGAAUAAAAUUUAAACAUUUAUAUUACUAUUAUGUAUAAUAAAACAAAUGCUUACGAUGGUAUUAAUGUUUUUUAUUCUUUUGAUUUAAUAAAAUAAUGGUUUCAAACAAUAAAAGAAAACGGAAAGAAAAUUCCUACGAAUUUCGAUUAUGAUUUCUUUUUUAAAGGUAUAAAGAUUACUUUGUAAGGAGAAAACUUUGUUUGUAUUUCUAAAGUUUUAUAACUUUUAUAUUAUUGCUAUGAACUUUUACCUUGGUUAUAAAAAAGGCAAUUAUAAAAAAUCAUUUUCACAAAUAUGUUCUUUAAAUUAUUUAUGCACUGGUCUAGAAAUGUUAGAUAUUUAUUCCAUUGCUUUUUAAUUUAUAAAAUUUACCAUAUACAUCAUACAUAUAGAGGAAAUAACAAACUUUUAAGACAAAAUACAUAUUCUAGUAAAAAAAAAUACUAAUAAAAUAAAACAUAUUAACAAAAAAUAAAAUAGAAUGAAUACAUAUAUGAAGAUUAUUAAAGAAUGAUAGCAAUAUUAGAAGAAGCUAAAAGAAGAAUAAUUAAAUUUUAAAAACAAAACGAAAUACAAAAGUUAAUAAUGCAGAAACCAAAAAUAUCAAAACUUAAAUUAAUACAUAAAAAGCGAAAAUAAUAAAAACUAAAACAAAGUUUUUUAUAAGCAGAAAGUUUAGAAGAUAAUAAUUAGCUGUUAGAAUCUUUAAAUUUAUCAAUAAUAUCAAGAUAAUAAUCAAUAGCAUCAUUAAAUUAUGUAAAUAAAAUGGAAUCCUAAAUGCAAGCAUCAAAUAAAGAAAUAAACUUGGAUUAAAUUUAGAAAGAAGAAAAUAAUUUUUUAAAUUAGUCAGAAAGCGAUAUAAAAAGUAUUUCGAGUAUCGAGAGUAUAUUGAAUGAAAUAAAUGAUAAUUUAGAUGAAAAAGAAUAAAAUAAAAAAAAAAAUAUAGUAAAGAAAAGAUAAAAAUAGAGAAGAAAAUCUGAAUUCUUUAAAAAAGAAAUAAAUAUAAAAAGCAUAAGAAAAAUCCACGUACCUGGACAAAACUAAAAUAAUAAAGGGAUAAAAAUAUACAGAAGAUAUAAGGAUGAAAAUGAAGGUUAAGAGAAGUUAAGAAUCCCAAAAAGUUGUUUGAAAUAUCUUAUUGAAUCUUGGGAAGAUUUUGAUGAAAUUAGAAAAAAAUAUAAUUAAUGGAUUGGUGAAUGGCUUGAUAUUUAUUAAAAAGAUGAAAAUUUAAAUGAUGACGAGAUCAUUUAAAAAAUUAUUAAUUUAAAUACUCCUGAUAUGCAUGUCACUGUUCCUUAAGAUGAAUCAGAUUUUUAAAAUGAAUUUAAAAUUAAUUUUGAUAAUGAGUGGUGA